UGUGAGGUUGGUCCCGGAUCGAUGGGGAGCUCGGUGGAGACGUCUCUGUGGGCCUGGAUCGGGCUCCACUUGGUUCUGUGCUCAGGCUCACUUCCAGAAAUCACCGACAAAGAGUUCAUCAAUGAAUGUUUGAGGGAACACAACAAAGCGCGUUCGUCCGUCAUGCCGUCUGCAAACAACAUGCUCCACAUGACAUGGGAUGAGGGUUUGGCUAUUACAGCGAGAGCAUGGGCGAGACGGUGCAUCUUUGAUCACAACAUCUACCUCAAAGAUGCUCGCCGUGUGCACCCUACGUUCUCCUCCGUUGGAGAAAACAUAUGGACCAUCUCCUCACAGUCCUUUACUCCAACACGGGCCAUAGAGUCCUGGGUAAAUGAAAAAAACCACUAUAAUUACCAACGAAACACCUGCACCAAAGUCUGCGGCCACUACACACAGGUGGUGUGGGCGAGUAGUUACAAGGUCGGCUGUGCAGCUCAUCUGUGCCCAGACGGGAUCCAGCACUUUAUUUCCUCUGAAGGUCUCCUUUUUGUCUGCAACUAUGCCACCGCAGGUAACAUGAAUAAUGAAAAACCCUACGAGUCUCCGGGGGCCCCCUGCUCUGGAUGUGAAGGCACUUGUGUGGACAGUCUCUGCCGUAGCGAUGAACGGGAUCUGGAGAGAAGCUACAGCUGGGCCCCAGAUUGGGACUGGGCCUCCGCUACCAGCGGCUCCACUUAUGUGAGCAUCCUGGUCAGCCGGCCCGUCGCCCUCGCCCUCACCUUCAUCGCCGCGUACGCCACCCGCUACUUCUACCCCGAUGUCUUCUGCUACGAAUAGAGCUCCGGAGUUGUCUCACACCAGCAGCUCAACAUGGUCACUGGUGUGUUCUGCGUGGUCCAGUGGGGAAGUGACAUCAAUGCAUACCCUCUAGU